UCAUGAGUCCUACCAAAAGAAGGCGGCCAGUAAAGGAGGAUGAGUCCCUUUGCAACAGGUACAUGCGCACUCAAACCCGUCCCUCCCGAGGCUACUCAGGUCCUCCACGCCGUCCCCCUGCUCCUCCAACCCGUCCUUUUCCACCAGGUAGCACUGACGAUGUCAUCCGUGAGAAUCAAAAACCCUAUCCUACUCGUCCGCCAGAGGAGCUCCUAGCCAGAACCCGGCAGCUGAGAGGGAAGGCAGCCAGGGAUGAGAAUGACAGCCUCAAGUUAGGUACAACAAAAGUUCUCAGCGACACCUUCUGCAUUGCCUCUGAAGGUCGGAGCGCAGAGAUGCUCCUGACGGAAUACAGACCUCCAGCUGACAGCCACAUUAUGGUGCUUCCGCGUCCAAGGUUAGAGCGACGUAGUUCCAUGCCGGAUCUACGGGAUUUUCGAUGUGUUAGUUCUGCUGUUGUUUACGAAACAAUUGCGACACUAGGCCGUCUAGGGGAGGCACGAGGACUGCUUGUGGUGCCGCCGAGGGAAAAUGGCCCAGGCACCACUUCCCAAGUUGCUGUUCCAACACCAGAUAUUCAGCUGGAAAAUCAGAACGGCGAUAAAGCACAGGCAACCCCACAACAAUGGGCUCGAAAGAUGAAUAAGUUUAUCCAUGAGGAAACCCAGGCAGUGUUACAAGCCAGCCCCCUUCUCGAAGGUCUCUCACCAAGUGGUCAAAGUGGAGCAACAAAGGGCCGACGGACACAACGGAAGGAAUGGAUAUCUAAGCAUACCUCUGUUAAAACUUUACAGAAGAAAAUUUUACCGAAGUCAGUGACAGAUUCUUCAUCGCAGACAGACAUCAUUAGACCCAUUUCUGCUGUGCACCAUCGCCGUAACUCUAUUGGCAGUGAAGGUGCUGAAUCAGUGUAUUAUGACAGCUUGGAGGAAGAGGACAGCAGAAGUGCUAGUUAUAAGGCUGGCCACCAAGCCUUUUAUGUGCCAAUAACUAGUGAAGCAGAGGUGGCCAUCAACACUGGACCUACACUCCCUGCGAGACUGUCAGCCCGGUUGGAGGAGAGGCGAGCGUCCACAAGACGCCACUCAAAGUCCGGUUCCCUUGGGGUCAGCAGCCUUGCCCUCACUGGCAAGCGUGUCCAUCUCAUCGAUGAAGCAAAGAUGGCUCAAAUGAUUGCAAGUGGGGAAGAUACUAACGUUUUUGAAGUACCUGAAAGUUUGAUUGAAACCAAUGAUGAUAUAGGGGCAGAAAGUGAUUCAGACAUCUUAGACAGUCCAAAAGUGAAAAAUCUAAAGAAGGACUCAUUAGUGUCUUGUUCCUCUGAGCAAGACACUGACACCUCACAGUCUGACAUUGUACAGCUUUCCUCAACAAAGAAGUCAUCACAACCAAGAUCCUCACAAGAACCACCAAAAGGCAAUGAUAGCCAUGUGGCUCCAGAAACGACAGUAAAUUCUCAGCAGCAUAUAACAGACACUUACACAUCAUUUUCUGAUCACUCCAACUCGGUCUCCUCUACUGAGCCCUUGGAAGAUACGCAGACAAAGAAGACUCCUGAGCAAAGUGCAGCUGAACUGACUGCAGACGGGGUGAAUGGUGAGCAUUUCAGCAAUAGUGAACCAGACUUUAACAAUGAUCAUAAUGACAGUGGGAAAGAAACUGCUCCCCAAAGCCCCGAACAAAAUGAAGACAUCAAGAUACAGGUGACCAAUGAAAAUGGUGAGGAUGUGGAUCCCAACACAGACAGUAAAGUGAAUUCGCCAGAUCUUCCAAAUGACGAUACUAACAAUCCUACUAGUGAGGAAAAACACACUUUAAAUGACAAUAAUCCUGACACAGAAAUCUCUGAUCAUUAUGAAUCAGAUACUUUCCAAUCAGGUUCGAUUGAAAACAGCAUUAAUGAAAACAUUUCUCCCAGAGAUGUGGAAAAUCUAAAUAUCGCCUCUAUUCAAGAAUCUGUUGACCUUCUUAGUGCUAGUGACAGUAUAGAGGAAGUCAGUGAGAAUCUUGUAAGUGAGACACUAGAUGACGAAGCCAUUCACUGCAGUAGCAAUGACAUCCAAGAAGAUUCAAGCAGUUCUUCAGUACAAGAACAAUAUGAAAUAAUCGGCUAUACUUCCAAUGGCAAGGAAAUGUUGCUGGAGAGUGGAUUCAUUGACUGUGAUGACCCAAGUUUGCUACCAGAACCUCUCAGCAUCAACUGCGAUGAGAUAUCUCCUACACUCAUUCAGACGAGCAGAAGCGAGGUGAGCGAUGUUGAAGUUAAUGAAGAACUAGCUAAAACAGAUUUGAAUUUGCAGUUAUAUAGUGAACCAGUUCAGCAAACAUGUGCUACCUCUACCCAAGAAAAAGAAGAAACAGAAAGUGAAAUGGCAGAAGCAGAAAUAAAUGAAAUUCCAGUAGAAGCUGAUGAUGAUACAGACGUGCCAAAUAAGGACGUGACCAAUACUUUUACAAAUGAGAGUGAGCUUCAAGUAUCAAAUGAUACUCAAGAAGAUGAAAGUCAAUGCGUAACUGAAAAUGUGAAUGACGUUAAUGGGGAAGAAACUAACAAUGAAAACCCAGGAAACAUCUUAGACAAAAGUGAAUCACCAGAAAAUGAGGCAGACAAUGAAGAGUUAAGCGAUGGUACAGAUUCCUGGGAUCGCGUGACUGUAGUGAGAGUAUCUUCAGGCAGCACAUCAGAGAGCAGGAAUGACACUCCAGAUCUUGAUAAUGAAGCCACAGACACCUUGCAGUCGUCUGGAGAAGAAGGCUCUAAAAGCAAUGACUGUCAGGAACCACCAUUAAGCCCUCAGGACCUUACAGCAGAAGACUUUAAUGCAACAGAUACUAGUCUCUUGGAUGAAAUUUUCCGCAACGUUAGUCCCCAUGAUGGUAACUGUUCACCUGUGGACGAGAGCAGCUCCGGCCUCUCGACCAUCGAGGAGGACGACGAUGAGCACCUGGAAUGUGCCCAAGACGAUGAUGUGAACCCACUUCUUGAGGACACUGUGGUUGGGGAGCAAUCUCCGCCAACAGAAACGAAGAUACAUGAGGAAGAAAACAGGAAUUUGUCUAUAGUGGAACUGCACAGGGAAGAGAAAGAUAAAAAUAUUUUAGUAAAAAAGGAGGAAGCAUUACUUUUGAAAAAUGAAGACGAAACAAGUGAAGUGGAGAGCAAAGAAGAUGCAAUCGAAAAUGAAGAAAAUGAUAUUUUUUGCGGAGAUGAAAUUAUGGUAGCACAUGAUGAUGAGACUCUGAAUGAUGAGGAAGAUAUUGUAACUGAUGGAGCAGAAAGUUCUCUACUAAUAGUAGAUACAGAAACCACAACUGAAAUGGAUCUAACGGAAUGCAUGUUUGAAACGGCAAAGGAAUAUGCUGAAGAAGAAAAUGCCGAUAUAUCCAAGGGAGAGGAUGUUAUUGUACUUGAUGAUUUUACAGAAGUAAUUGCAAAGGAGAAGGAAGGGGAUAUAACAGACUUUGACGAAAAUGCUAGUAAUAUAGCUGAUGAAUUACAGGAUACAAGUGCUACUGAGGGAGAAGCAGAUAUAGAUAUAACUAAAGAGAAAGUAAAGAUAACUUUGGAUGAGCACGAAGCUAAUACAAAUGAGGUUGAAGAAAAGGCAGAUGUAACUGUGAUUGAAGAAGCUUCACGUAUAACUGAGACUGAUGAAAAGGCAGAUUUGUCCUUGACUGAGGAGGAAGCAGACUUAAGUAUGGUAGAAGAUGAUCAAGAAGCAUCUGUAGCUGAAGAAGAGGAAGAGAUAGUUGAAAAUGAAGAAGGCAUGGAUGAAACUGAGGAGAAGCCAGAAUUAAUCUUAGCUGAGGAAGAGCCGGACAUAAGUGUGGCUGAAGAAGAGGUAAAGAUAUCUUUAGCUGAAGAAGGGGGAGAAACUGAAGAAUGGAUUGAGAAAGAAGCAGAUAUAAAUGUUACUGAGGAAAGUGCAAAUUCGAUUGUGCCUGAUGGACAGGUAGAUGUAAAUGUGAUUGAAGGAGGUCUAACUAAGACUGAGGAAAUAGAAGUAGUAACCGAAGAUGAAACAAAUUUAAGUGCGGCAGAGGACCGAACAGACACCGCUGUGGAAGAACCAGAUAUAAGUGUAGCAGAAGAAGAUUCUAUGUUCGAGGAAGAUGCUGAAGUAUCUAUGCUUGAGGAGAAAGUUGAUGAAGCUGAGGAGGAAUUAAAAGCUGAUGACGAAGAAGUUGAAGAAACUACGGUUGAAGAAACAGAAAUAACUAACACGGAAGAAGAUAUAACUGUGGCUGAAGCUGUGGUAAAUCUUGCUGGGGAAGAAGGAGAUGUUACACUAGAAAAAGAAGCCGAGGUAACUAUAAUGGAGGAAGUAACAGAACUUUCAGUAGCUGAGGAUAUGACACAAGAAAACGAAGUACUUGCACCUGAGACAGAGUUGACAGUGGACGAGGAAGUAGCAGAUGUUCUUUUGAGUGAGGAAGGAGAAGAAAGAGGAACUGAAGUAAAUAUUGACAACAAAGAUUCUGAAGUAAAUGAGGCUGAGGAAGAAGUGGGAGAUACUCUGACAGAGCAAGAGGCAGAAGAUUCAGUGAUGGAGAAAGACACAGCAGACGUUUCUAUGGCUGAUGAAGUAGCAAAUGUUUUUAAGGAUGGGGAAAAAGAGGAAGAAUUAAUAAAUAUGGCCGAUGAAGUAGCAGAUGAUUUUAUGGAAGGGGCGAGAGAAGAAGAGGAAAUAACUGUGGCCGAUGAAGUAGAUGUUUUUAUUGCCGGAGAAAAAGAGGAAGAGGAAAUAACUGUAGUCGAUGAAGUAGAUGCUUUUACUGGCGGAGAAAAAGACGAAGAGGAAAUCACUGUGGCCGAUGAAGUAGAUGUUUUUGCUGGCGGAGAAAAAGAGGAAGAGGAAAUCACUGUGGCCGAUGAAGUAGAUGUUUUUGCUGGCGGAGAAAAAGAGGAAGAGGAAGUAACUGUGACCGAGGAAGUAGACGAAGAAGAAAUGAAUUUAACUGUGGAUGAAGAAGGUACAGAUGCAAAUGCGACUGAAGAGGAGGCAGAAAUUACUGUGGCCGAAGAAAGCCCUGCAAUCGUAAUUGAUGACGUGGCAGAUGAAUUUGUAGAGCAGUCUGUCCUAAUGGCUGACGAAGGCGAUGAUGCAACAAUUUUUGAAGAUGUCAGAGGAGAUACUGAAUGUGAAGAGAAUGCAGGAGAGAUAGAUCAUAAUUACGAAGGAAGGAAUGACUGUUUAGAGGAAGGCACAGGAGUUUUAACUACGGACGGUGUAGAUCUUGGCGAGACGAAGGAUAUAGAGGAUAUCGAUGAAGAAACUGUGAUUGAGGAUAUGCCAGAAUCUGUUUAUGAAGAAGAAAUUAAUAAAGACAAUUAUGACGAUACAUCUUGUUCUUCAACUGAUAGAAAAAUCACCGAUGGUACAGAGACGGAAAACUAUGAGCUGGAUCCAGAUAAAGAUAUCGAUGAAAGUCACAAAGAGACUAUCGGCGAUCUAGAAAACGAUCAUGACCUAAGAGAUAGAGACGAAGCAUCCAUAGUAUCCCACAAUGACAGCGACGGGGGCGAGUCUCUGUUGAUGAGUGAUGCCACGCUGGACACAACGGAGCCAGAGACCAAGGCGGAGUAUGAGGAGAUUUUGGGCAGUGUAUUGGAAACGGAAAUCAAAGCAGAGUAUGAGGAGCUUAUAGGCAGUGAGAAGGAAACCAGUGACAGAGACACAUAUCAGGACAUGAUAGACAAAGUGGAAAGUAACAUAGAAGAGAAGGUAUACGUGAGUGAUCAGAAGGUAUCAAGAAAUUUCAAUUCAUUUUUAAUGAAAUCAGACACAGGCAGCGAUAUGACGAAUCACACUACAGUUAUGGAAAGUUGUGACAUACAGCAUGCACAAGCAACAUGGGAAAAUGGCGAACUUAAUGAAGGAAAUUCUAGUGAUCACAACAGUACACUAGGGAAUCAUGAUGGACUCUCUGACAACGAGGAUGCUGCAAGAGCUUAUGCUGGUGACGAACAGAAGAGAAGUGGCACUAAUUGGGCAGCAAACAUUAGCCAGGCAGGUGAGCAGAGUGAAUGUGAGGUAGGAUCGUUGAACGUUGAUAGACAGGCUGAAGCCUGUGUUGAUGCCCCUUCAAGUGCUUCCUCUGAUGCCUCUCCUCGGGAAAGGAGCGAAGAAGACCACGGGGAAGUUGUGGCUGCUGCCAACUCCCCCUCAUCAGAUUCAGGUGUUGUAGAGAUGGCAGGGAAGACUGCACAGUCGCCUUCAGAUGCUUCUGUAGAGGAAGUGGUUGCUGAAGAUCACAAUCCUCGUGGCCGUGACGCUCAGGAUUCUUCCCGAAGUGAAGAAUCUGUUCGCAGUGCACCGCCCAAUCGAAGGACUUCCAGUAAGCAGGCCAAGGAUCGAGCCAACCGAAUCACCAGUGGGCGCCGACGUUCCUCUUCUGGCUGUGUUCGCGCUUCUCUGGAUGGUGGUGACGUCACGACCCUGAACGGCUGGACUAAAUUCACAGCACCUGGAGAUGAUUCUGACAAUGAUGGCUCAAAGCCACGAAGACGUCACUGGGAAGCUCCUACGAGCGACAGUUUUCAAAAUCUUCCACCGCAAGUGGACAGUGAUGGAGCCUCCCUGAGCAGACACCGAAUGGUACAGGAAUACCUGGACAGUCUUCAGAACCACCAAAUAUCCAAGGACGGGUCACCUCGCUGCACAGUGGGAAGCGGUCCCCACUCGCUCAAUGAUUUUCCGACAGACAACGUGAGUGACUUUGACACCUCUGACUCUGGGGACAUGAGUUAUUCAGAACGGCUGCUGCGCGUCCUAGAGAGCCGUAGAUCCCGGCGUCAUCGCCCUCGCUCUUCCAAUAUUGACGGGGAGGACACGCCUACUCGGUAUCGACCUUCUGCCCUCAGUGCCCUGGACGUCUUUCUAACAACGUUGUCGCGGUACCGAGGUGGACAGCAAUUUGAAGGCGACCCUCCUAGGGACCCGACACCUCCACCUCUCCCUCAAGAUGGCGAGGACAACGUGACGGUGCAGGUGAAAACUGGGCCGCGACAGCACGAUGUCCGCGUCAGCUCGAGACGCCAGGUGCGCCUUGUGGUCAACGUGGGAAACCCCGCAAAAGCAUCCGACUCUGGCUGUGUGGCUGACUCAUCGCAAUCGGAACGCAAAGUCAAGCGCACAGGUCCCGUGGGUGGAGGCUCACCUACAGGUCGCAGGCGACCCACGAGAAAUGUGAGCGAGACCCGAGCUCCUCCUGGCCACGCUCGAGCCAAUGCAGCAUCUGACCCUGAGGUUGAUCAGCUAUUGUCUGACGUUAGAGAAUACCUCAACAAAAAACUCAGGCAAAGCGGCGCAGAGGAGAGCGGGGACCAGGUGCCACCAGAGGGUAUCGUCGUGGAAGGUAAUAACAUUGAGAAGUGUUUCACGGAACGACCACCAGGAGGCGGACGGGCUAGACUUUAUCCAAAACAUCGGCCAAAGCAAGACGAGCGGAGACAAAGGAUGGCGGCAGAUCCCAUGCAGAAGGAGAGGCAGAGGAUCCAGCAGUCCAUUCACGCCAUAAAUGCGCUUCUGAAGCAAUAUUCCUGAGACCUUGGCCAAUUCAAAGAGCAACCACCGCCGCCGAUAUAUCUGAAAAAAAGAAACAGAUUAACUUAUAUUGGAUAGUUUAAACUUUUAUAAUUUUCCACAUUAUAUCUUAAAGUAUAUCUCCUCCGUCCAGACCUACUCAGCAAUUAAUGCAGCCUCUUUUGGUGAAGCUGAAUAAUCUAACGUGAAAGUUUUCACCUCUAUGGGUGUCAUAUUACCUUCUUGGAUUUAGCUUUAUACACUGAAUAAACUCGACUGAUGAAAUGUAAAUAAAAGUUGUGGAUAUGUGUAUAUAUAAAUUAAAAUUAUCCGUCCUAUUACAUAGUCUAUAUACUGUACAAUGUAUACAUACAAAUUGUGUUAACCGUAUCCAUGUUGACAGAUGUAGAAAAAGUAUGAAUAAGAUGUAUUUAA